CAAUCACCACAUGUUGGUGACAAGAAAAAAAUGUAGGGGAGGAAAACCCCAAUUAGUGUCAUUUCUUUCAAAUAUACUGAAAUCGACGUAGAGUGAGAAUUUCUAUUCUGACAAAUAUCCACCGCAGACAAAGAGGAAGUCUUCAGGUUGCUUCAUUUGGUGGUACUUCUUUGGUUUCAUCAUACUUCUGGAAUGCAGAGCGAGAGAAAACACGUCCUCUCGCUUCGUCACAGGACUAUAAAAGCCGAGCGUCAGUCAUUCAUGCUGUCAUUCAGUUGAGGAAGCUCCUUGUGCAAAAGAGCUCAGAGCCCUUGAGGAAGUGGAGAGUGGUGGUUUAUUGGUGGGGACAGGGAAACCGUGCAGCCUCGCCCGGUUUGUUCCAGGCCACUGAUCCAAUAAGAAGUGUUUUUUUUUUUUUGGGGGUUCGGACCGCCUGGCAUAUCAGACCUCCCUGUGCAGCACACCUUUAAUCCCCCACGGCGAGAGUCGGGGCCAUAAUGUGACGCAUCUCAAUCUCUGAUUGAUCUGAGCAACUAACGCCAAGAUGACUGUGCAGGAGUGCAACACUGGGCUGUGUCUCUCCGUCUACAUCUUUACCUUUGUGCUGGGCUUCCCAGCAAAUGUCCUCGCCUUCUAUACCUUCUGCAAGAAAGUGAGGCUGAGGCCGACACCGAUUGACAUCCUGCUUCUGAACCUGACCAUCUCCGACCUGCUCUUUCUCCUCUUCCUGCCAUUCAAGAUGCAAGAAGUGAUGAGCAACAUGAGAUGGAACAUGCCCUAUAUCCUCUGCCCACUCUCUGGCUUCAUCUUCUACAUGACUAUCUACAACAGCACCUUCUUCCUCACCGCUGUGAGUGUAGAACGCUACUUGGGUGUGGCCUUCCCUAUCCAGCACACCCUAAAGCGCAAACCUGUCUAUGCUGUUGCUGCUAGCAUUUUCUUCUGGUUUUUGUCCGUCUUUCAUCUUAGCAUUGUGUUUAUCGUGCCCUUCAUAGGCAGAGACAAUCAGAAAAAUGCCACCCAUGCUGUUCAUAUAGUCAACAGGGACGUUUGUUAUCAAAACUUCACUGAGAAACAACUAAAUGUCCUCCUACCUGUUCGACUGGAACUCUGCAUUGUACUGUUCUGCAUCCCUUUUCUCAUUAGCUGUUUCUGCUACAUCAACUUCAUCAGGAUUUUGUCCAAGCUGAACAACAUCAACCGGCGCAGGCGCCUUCGGGCCAUUGGCAUGGCUUUGGGAACGCUGCUGGUGUUUGCUUUAUGCUUCGGCCCCUACAACGUGUCACACAUCGUGGGUUUCGCAACAUGGAAAAGCCCUCACUGGAGAGACAAAGCCCUGCUGUGCAGCACGUUUAACGCCUGUCUAGACCCGCUUAUUUUCUACUUCUCUUCCUCUGCCGUGAGAGGGAACGUGGGCCGAAUUAUCGAAGGGGUUAAAAGUCAACUGGGCAGGCUCAUGUGCUGUCACGUACUCCUGGGCUCUCAGGAGGGAAUUAACAAGACUGCAAAAGAUAAGGAACAGAAAGAGUCGACUAAUACUAUCUGAGCUUGACUGGAAUGGACCUGUGAGCAGCUUCUCUGCUAAUGCUUUCAGCCUCGCAAGCGGGAAAUUAGUGCCCUGUUUAUGUUUUCACCCUUGAGAAAAUGACUUGGCUGUUCACAUUGUUGCAUGGCAUUGUUGGACUCACUGAUGAACUUCCUGUUUGAGACAACCUCUGUAUGCCUGACCAAGCCAUACCGAAAAAAACAAAACAUUGUUAUGGCUCGUAAUGUAUAAAGCUGUAACUCUUCAAGACAAGGAACUCUUUUUUUUCUCAUACAAAAUAUUAAUAUAAAUAAAUAUAUAUAUAAUAAUAAAAAAACAACAACAAUGUAUUGCAUUAAGUAGCAGAAUUUCUUAAGAGCUUCUUUAAUGCAAUGAGAUGCUGUGGAAAUGUGAUGUAUUGUAGAGAUGGCAACAUAACAGACUCCAAGCAACAGCUGCAGACGUCAUCUCCUCACUAGAGAAGAUGAAGCUUUCUUACUGCGUCCAUCACAGACAGGAUAUGUUGUCUGUUGGCAACAUUUUUCUCAUUAUGUCUGAAAUAGCUUGGAGGAAGGAGUGAAAGCACCUUCAUGGGUGUAACUAAGGUUAUUUGAGUUUAUCUUUAAAGUUACUGAACAUAAUUUGCCUACUGUAUGUAUUUUCAAUUCAUCCUGUGUAUUUCUGUUUUUGUUUUGCAUUUUUACUUUCCUUACAGGACUAUGGCCUUUUUGCUUAUACAUAAUGCAAAUAUGAUACGGUAUAAGGAUAAAAUACUGCAUACAAAGACAUGUGAUUAUUUGCAAUGUUUGUUUGAAUUCUGCCAUAUGUUAAAAAUAGUCAUAUGCAAAUUGCAAUUUGCAAUGUUGUUUGUGUCUAAGCACAUUUAAAAAAAAUGAUUUGCAUGAUACAUGUAAUUGUUAAAUAGUUAACUAGUUAUUGUGUCCAUAAUGUGUGUGUGUGUGUGUGUGUGUGUGUGUGUGUGUGUCUGUGUGUGUGUGCAUGUGCGUACAUGAUGGAAGAGGGCAGAUAAAGACUGAUAUGGUUAAAAAAGCGACUGAAAGGCGGCUGAAAUGCAAAUAUUCACCGAAUGACGUGAAUUUUGAUGCCACAGCCUGAUCGUUCAUGUUGUAUAAAUUGCACAUUUAUUUCACGUUUCAUCAGUUUACCUCCUAAAAAAGAUAAAAUAAAAUAAAAGGUAAAAAUAAAUGAAGAAAGACUAAAUAUGUGAGGCAGAAUUGUGGAAAAAACCCCCACAAUCUUUUGACAUCACUAAUCUGGUUAUACUGUAGAUCCAUAAGCAUGCUCUAAAUGUCACAUUCGUAUUUUCUGUUGCUCCAGCGUUGCUUUAG